UCUCUAUAUAGCAAAAGAAAAAAAAAUUGUCACCAUAAUGGAAGGUACGAAUCAAGCUUCUUUCUCCAUGAUUCUAGUCGUGGCUCUGUGUGCCACUACUUUAUUGAAGUCAAGCCUAGCCGAGGUGCUCGUGACACCUCGAUUUCCUACCAUUCCUGGUUCUCUAAUUGAUCUCACAAAAUGUUGGUCAUCGCUCUUCAACAUUCAAGGUUGCAAUAUCGAAAUCUUAAAAUCUGCUUUAACCGGUAAGUUUGAAAACGUUGGACCAACAUGUUGCAAGGCGUUUACGGAAGUAGAUGCAAAGUGUUGGCCCAAAAUGUUUCCACUGAAUCCAUUAUUCCCUCCUCUUCUCAAGGAUGUUUGCUCUCGCAUCAGCGCAGCUGCACCAACACACAAGACACCACAAUUCCCUGCCAUCCCUGGUUCUCCCAUCGAUCUCAAAAAAUGUUUGUCAUCACUUGUCAACGUUGAAGGUUGCGUAACUGAAAUCUAUAAAUCAGUUUUCACAAGAAAGUUUGGUAAUGUUGGACCAAUGUGUUGCAAGGCGUUUUCGGAUGUGGAUCCCAAAUGCUGGCCACAAAUGUUUCCGCUAAAUCCGUUCUUCCCUCCUCUUUUCAAAAAUGAAUGCUCUCGCAUCAAUGCAGCCGAUCCUACACACAAGUGA